AAAAGUGGAAAGUGUUCACUGUCACGGGCGCUUAGUAAAGUGACAUCCACCAGGAUUUGCCUUCUUUGACCAGUUCAAUCGCGAUCUUGUAGACUGCAAUCAUGCGACAUUUCCUUCGGUUUCUGCCAACAACAAGGCAGCUGUCGAUUCGGCAGUUCUCCUCCUGGAAUUCCUCGCCUCGCUCCUCCUCACCAGCAACAGCACUUGGCAUCCCGUAUGUGAUAGAAUCCUCCCCACGGGGCGAGCGAGUGUUUGACAUCUUCUCCCGUCUUCUAAAAGAGCGGAUUGUGAUGUUGAACGGGGAGGUUCAUGAUGGUGUGGCUGCUGUUAUCGUCGCCCAGCUUCUGUUUCUCGAGGCAGAGAACCCCGAAAAGCCUAUCAACUUUUAUAUAAAUUCACCGGGAGGAAGCGUCACCGCGGGAAUGGCAAUCUAUGAUACGAUGCAGUAUAUUCAAUCGCCUGUUGCAACCGUUUGCAUCGGCCAGGCUGCGUCCAUGGGUUCGCUUCUGCUCGCUGCAGGUGAAGCUGGACAGCGCUCUAUUCUUCCCAAUGGACGAGUUAUGAUACAUCAGCCGAGCGGCGGUGCUACGGGGCAAGCAUCAGAUAUCGCAAUUCACGCGAAAGAGAUCCUCGAAAUCAGAGCCCGACUAAACCAGAUAUAUCACAAGCAUACCAAGCAACCAUUGGAGUGGAUAGAAAAAACCAUGGAGCGGGAUCAUUUUAUGAAUGCGGAGACUGCCCUGAAGUUCGGCCUCGUAGAUAGAGUAUUGGAGAAACGGGAAGUGCCAAAAAAGGCCUGAAUAUAUGAAACCUAACCUCGACCGAUCGCGAUUGAUCUUUAUUAUUCAAUUAUAAAAAAGUAUGUUAUAUACACAAGUUCAAACGAAGACCACCGAUACAAC